AUGUUGAGUUCAUUAGAGACCUUUACCGCCAUGGCGUAUCCGCAAACCAUGGUUAUUCCUAUACGGGGGAAGCAUUCAAAGCGAGGUCGACAAAUAUUGAAACUUUUCCUUGAAGGAAGGGAUGUUCAUGAGCCACUAAGCGAAGUUCGCCCCCCAAUACUCUUUGAGGCAGUUGAGGAUGAGUAUAUGACAACUUGGCUUCUUGACCACGGAGCUGACCCGAUAUGACUCCACUGUCAUGCGCCGUUGAAGCAGGCCCAAUGUCUGUUGUCAAACUCAUGUUAGAUCGCGGAGGCGAUAUCAUUAUCCACAAAGGCCAGGCUUUUCAUCACGCAGUUUAUCGAGAGCCAGAGAAAUCAUUGAACUCCUGACCAUGUUUCCCGAACGUGGCCUCCCCUUGAACCAUCUAUUCUAUAUCGAUAAGGAGGACCCCGAGUUAUGCAGAAAUAGAAGAUUCAGCGACAACCAGUCUGCUUACUCUCUGCAGUAAGGUGUAUGGUUCAGUUACCUAUUACUACUAUUGCUUUUCGUUUCCGUUUCCUUCCCUCAUCGACAGGUCUUCUACCCUGCCAAAGUUGAACCGUGUCAGUGCCUGUAAUUCUAAGAAAAAAGGCGGGCCAGCGAACGGUGGGAGAUUGAAGUGAUGGGAAUGACGGAAAAAGUAUAGAAUAUAGGAGUAGAAUGUGGGAAGGAAGAAGAAGUUAGAGCAUCAGAGGAGAGGAC